AUGAAGCUCCUCUAUCUCCUCCCUCUCGUGACUUCGUUCGCGUCAGCACUGUGGCCGCAGCCUUCAACUUACACCUCCGGAGAGACCGUCUUGUGGAUUGAUGGUGAUGUGCAGGUCACCUACAAUGGUGCUGAAUAUAAGAGUCACAGCUAUCGCGAGAACGCCACUUCCGGAGCUCCUACCGGCGGCGAGAUUGUCCAAUACGCCAUUCAAAAGACAUACGCUACGAUCUUCGAGAAGAACUUCAUACCAUGGAAGUUUUACUCGCGUAACUCAAACUUCGAGCCAUCUAACUCUGACAAGAAACACGUCACAGCACUGACGUUGAAGCAAAAUGCGGCUGAUCCCGACAACCUUGUCAAUGCUCUAGCAGGAGAUGUGGAUGAGUCGUAUGGCCUAAGCCUUACCGAAGAAGGCGAGGUUACAAUCACUGCAAACUCGUCCAUCGGCUUGGUCCGUGGUCUUACGACGUUCAGCCAACUCUUCUUCAAAACUACGGACGAUUGCGUGUACACAAACCUUGCUCCCGUUGAGAUCACGGAUGCUCCAAAGUUCUCCCACCGUGGUCUCAACUUGGAUGUUGCACGGAACUUCUUUCCAGUCAAGGACAUCAAGCGCAUGAUCGAUGCUAUGGCGUUCAACAAAUUCAACCGGUUCCACAUGCACGCGACCGAUGGCCAAUCAUGGCCUUUGGAGAUUCCUGCACUUCCUCGCCUGGCUUCCCAAGGAGCGUACGAGUCGUCCUUGACCUACAGUCAUGGUGACUUAAAGGAGCUUCAGUACUACGCCGCUCUGAAUGGUAUUGAAUUCAUCAUCGAGAUUGAUAUGCCGGGCCACACUUCUUCUAUUUGGCACUCAUAUCCAGAGCUUAUUGCUGCAUUCAACAUCCAACCGGAUUGGAGCACGUACGCAGCAGAGCCCCCGUCUGGAACACUCAAAUUGAAUUCUUCCGAUGUCUACAAUUUCCUAGACACUCUGCUUGCUGACCUCCUUCCACGGGCUGCUCCGUUUUCAGCUUACUUUCACACGGGAGGCGAUGAGGUCAACAAGAACGCGUAUACCUUGGACGAUACCGUGAAGUCCAACGACAGCGCCAUCCUGCAGCCUCUCAUGCAGAAGUUCGUGGACCGGAACCACGACCAAGUUCGGUCGCAGGGCCUUACCCCGAUUGUCUGGGAAGAGAUGCUCCUGGAAUGGAAUCUUACCUUGGGGAAAGAUGUGAUCGUUCAGACAUGGCAGAGUGAUCAGGCUGUCGCCGAUACAGUCGCCAAAGGCCACAAAGCAUUGGCUGGCAACUACAACUACUGGUACCUUGAUUGCGGUCACGGGCAGUGGCUCGACUUCGUCAUUGGGCCAUCAUCCAAGCAGUACUGGCCUUACAACGACUACUGCCAACCCCUUCACAACUGGCGCCUCAUGUACUCUUACGAUCCACUCUCUGGUGUUCCCGAUGAGAAUGCGCACCUAGUCAUCGGAGGCGAGGUCCACAUGUGGGCAGAGCAGACAGAUCGCACCAACAUCGACCGCAACGUCUGGCCUCGUGCUUGUGCGGCUGCAGAAGUCCUAUGGAGCGGGCCCAAAGAUGCCCAAGGGCACAAUCGAAGCCAGGUCGAGGCGAGCCCGAGAUUGAGCAUGAUGCGUGAGCGUCUUGUUGCCAGGGGCGUCAUGGCCGAGCCGAUCCAGAUGCCCUUCUGCCUUAUGAAUGGGACGCAGUGCACACUCCCCACCUAACGUUGGAUUCUGAGUACUCUUUUCAAGCGUUCUGCAUGCCAUCUUCCCUUCUCAGUUGGCGAGAAACCGUGAUUCGAGAUGGAAUCUGACUUGGCGGGAUUUCCCGAAGGAUGACCAGCCUUUGGCAUAUCGUGAGCAUUUACAAAUUCGAUACAUAGGUAUAAACGAAGUGCCAUACUAUGUUUUGAGCACGAUGCACCGGAAC